UAUCGGCUUAAUAUCAUGUAGACUUUUGUCUAUGAAAAAGGCAGCCUUCAUUUCUUUCUUUUUCGUGUCAGUGUCAAUUUACAUUUCGCUCCGUGUCAGUCAUGUCGUGAAACGAGGAUACCGCAUCAUGUGACGGAAAAUCACUAAAAACGCUGCAUCGUUUGUAUUUUUGUUCAACGAGUGUGCUCUAAUUGGACUAUAAAGAGUUAUGUUCGUGGAAAGAAAAGUAGGCGUUUGCAGUAUUAGUGAGAUAGUGGCAUUUUUCAAGGAUUUUAUUUGACACUUGUUUCCACGUGGUGACUGUCACCGAUCAGUCGACGUGUAAAAAGUAAUCGCCCUUUUUAUUCACAAAUUCACCCUCACAGCUAAGUUAUUAAAAGAUGGAAUCCUUGAAUAUGUCUAAAUUAAACCUGUCCAACGUAAGAAGCCAAAAUCAUCACGAAAGUGGGACAAAGAGCGUGUCUGAAGCUGAGGCAAAACUGGAUGCAAUCACUAUCCGAGAUCCCGAUGACGAGUAUCACUGCGAGUACAGGGAGGACAUUUGGAAGCAUCUCUUGGAACAGGAGGCCGAGAAACCUGUGAUACAUCUGCAGUCCCCACAGCUAGAAUUCCGAGGCGCCCUAAUCCAGCAACUGCGCGACAUCAGCAAGAAGCUCGGCCUGAGCAUCGCCACUCUCCACUCUGCCGCUGCGCUUUUAGAUCUGUUCAUGGACGCGCACAGGCUCCGGGCUGACCGACUGACGCACGUUGCGUUGGCCUGCUUAAGUCUAGCGGCAAAAAGCGAAGAGAAGUUCAGUCGAGCCCCAACCCUCAAGACCCUCUCCAAGAUCAGCAACGUCCAACUCUGCGGCAAGACAUUCCGCCAGCUAGAAUGGAUGGUGGGCCAGCACGCACGAUGGCGGUUACUAGCACCCACACCAGUAACCUUCGCAGCACUGUUAACGCAAUAUGUGGUUACCGAUGGCGACCUGACGACUAGGCAUCCGAAAUUCGUACGACGGUUCAAGAGAGAUGGUGCGAAGCUGCUAGAAGCGUAUCUCGAUUUAACUUUAUCAGAUGUCCGCCUCAAAGUAGUGGAAAGCGUAGAAGUGGGAUGCGCUUGCGUCGCGUGCGCGCGCGCCGAGCUCGGCCUGACCGCGUGGCCGGCCUGGCUCGCGACCGCCACGGCGCGCCAGGCUUCGCGUAUCGCCCCUGUCGCCCGUUUGCUGCACCGGAUGAUGCAAAUCCUGAAGUCACGAGAAACGCCAACGGAAGCGGAUAUCGACCAAGGCUACAGCAGCGCUAAAACCUCACCAAACCAAACACCCUCCACAUCACCGCUCCUAGUCAGCCUGGCCUCAUCAACCUGCAGUACUUCAACACGCAGCUACGUCAACGUUGACAACUACCGCCAAAAACCGGUACAAACAAGUAUGUAUUCCGUUCUAGACUUGAACAACACUAGCGUCUCCAAUAUAGAAAAUUAUUACCUACCAACCGCGGUCGACAUGACUCUAAGGGUUGACAACCCUAACGAUUACAGGUAUUUUAAGUCUCGUAGGUUAAUCGAAGCUAGCUUAGAAGGCGGAACCGCCAAUAGGGCUGUGAAACGAGGAUUAGACAGCACGGUGGAGUUGGAUAGGAAAAGGUACCGUUUGACUCAGAUGUCGCAGGUCGUUCAAUGAUUUUUAUUUCUAGUCGGUCCAUGUUUGUGAAUUUGAUUUGUGUUUUUUUGUAAGCUGAAUAGUGAUAAAUGAGAUUGGAACUGUAUAAUACACCGGUGGUUUUGAGUUUUACAUUUAUUUGUUUAUUCCUUUAUUAUACAUAGU